AGGGUUUUUUGGUCCACGCUACCUCCUGUACUUAGUGGGCGGGGCGACUGUUGUAGUCUUUUAGACAUGUCAACAACAUGCCGGAGUCCAGAAGUGAGGCAGAGACGGACGAGAAAGGAGAAACACCGUCUAAAAAUAUAAUUUCAGUAAUUUCUCAGUUCGCUGACGAUAAUUUAACCAUUGUCCGGAACAUCAGUACUGGACUAGCAAUUGCCGGGGUAAUAGUAAUAUCAAGGAGUAUUAAAUUGAUCACUAAGUUUGGAUUAGCCUCCGAGAUCCCAGCGAGGUUCAUAGAGAAGAAUGUGAGCCUCAGAGGGAGAGUCCAGACCAUCACAGAGACGGGACUGGAGGUGGAGCACAUCCCCAUCUACAUCCCUGUCCUCUCCCCCCUGUUGGCUAAAGGUGGUGGUCGUGUGUAUCCACUGGCUGUGCGCCUGGCGGGGGUGGAGCUGACCCCAGAGGGGAGGGUGUGGCUGGAGCAGCACCUGAGCCCGGCCCAGACGGUGUGGCUCAAACUGGUCAGCAGAGAGGAGGAGACACUGCACUGUCUGGUGUCUGUUAGCCGGGGGUCAUUGAGGAGUCUGUGUCUGAAUGAGGAGGUGUUGAGGUUGGGUCUGGCACGCACUGUCCCAGUCUCUGGACUCCAUCCUCAGUCCCACCUUUACCUGCGGCUCCACCAACGGCUGCUCAAGGCAGAGGUCAAGGCCGAGCGGAAGGGGCGAGGCAUGUGGAAAGAGGAUAGCCUAUGGGAGAGGACCUCACAGGCUGUUUGGGACAACUCACUGGUCAGACUCAUCAGGAGGAUCUUCAAGUGGACAUGAUUGGUUGGUUGGUUGACUGACUAACUGACUGAUUGCUUGACUGACUGCUUGACUGAUUUCAAUUAGGCUUGAAAGUAAGUUCAUGAAUGUUGCAAGGCUCAGGCCCGUCUCAGAAUACAACUGUGUCAUUAUGUGUCUGUGUUUGAGAAGUAGAUCAUCUAUUUGUCAACUGAUUGCCCAGAGAUUGCUCUGAAAAUAGAAAAUGGACAAUAUUCACACGAUUAUCUGUACAAACAAUCUUUUCUCCUGUUCUUUACUUUCGGGGAAAAGUGAAACGAUGUCUCAAACGAAUGGGGGUAUCGACAAAAUUGUAGACAUGGGACAAAAUGUUUUGACCCACUUGCUUAUUAAAGUUGAUAUAUAUCGUUGGACAUUAAACGCACUGACACGGCAAUGACAAGACAGAAUAGAAACCAGUCUACUUACAGUUGGUGUUCCCCUUCGUAGGUCAGAAUAUGUUGAUGUUUCAUUCUAUUAUUUAAAGAAACCUGGCUGUCAGAAAUCCACAUAUCUACAUCAAACGCAUGUGAAAUAAAUAUGCAUUGGUUAAUUCA